AUGAAGGAUGCGGAUGACCAACGGGUAGCUGUUGUUGUUACAAAUCUGCAAGAUGGUUUGUCAUCUUUCUUUGCUGUUGCUCUUUAUUUAGUCUCAGAAGCAUAUAUGGGUUCCUUCAGUACCAUCACAUUUUGCGCUGCAGCUUCCGUCAUGGGUUUAAUGCUACUAUGGGUAAAUGAGACAUCAGAUUCAUUUUCACACUCAAAGUAUAUCGUCUAUGCAGCAAUAGUGCUUCUUGCGUUAGGGGGUAAUGGCAAAACGCUUUUAGAAGAUUUUCUUGAACAUCAGUUGCGAGAGAAAGCCAAAAAAGGAAGAGCACAGAACACAGAACCCAACGACGUGUGUGACAAAAUUCUCACUACAAUUUGGGUGUUCGUUCCACGGAUAAUUGGAUACAUCAUAACCGUUAUAUUUGUCUAUGAAUAUGGAGGCGAAGUGUAUGUGCGCAGCUUCCAAUUUGGAGCACUUCUGAUGGGAGCGACUUAUCUGUUCUUCUACUUUGGAUAUCCAUGGUAUAGGCAUGAAAAUUUUGGUUUUGAAAGCAAUGCACACAAGAUAUAUAGAGUGUGCCGAACAGCUUUGAGGAGACGCAAAUUGACAUAUCCAACAUCAUGGGAUGGGUAUUACUGGGAGAAUUAUAAGCAGCCAAAUUUGCCUGAUCGUGAUGGUCAUGAACUAAGAUUAUCGCCUCAAACUCCACGCCUAUUCAGGUGGUUGGACAAAGCAGCUAUAGUUAAAGUUGAUGUGAGACCCCAGAUAGAAGAAAAGAAAGGGGAGCUAUGCGUGGUUAAGGAAGUGAGGGAAGUGAAGAGCCUUGUUCCUUUGAUCUGCUUGGGGUAUUUUACAUUCAUUGCUUAUAGUUUACUUGUGGCUGCUGGCAACACUUUCUUUGUAGCACAAACAAAAUACUUGCAAUCCAGUUUUAAAAAUGAUAGUGAUAUCACCGUUCUCUUUUUGAUCCAAUCCGCUUCGCUUCAUUUUUCACAAUUCAUAUGCUUUCUUCUCAGAUUGUCAUUUCCAAACUUGAAAAAUUCUAACAGAAAAGCAGCCACAGUUAUAAGGAUUAGUAUUGGCCUGGUUUGUGCAGUAAUUUGCUGCUUCAGAGCGUGGAAGGUGGAAGUUCGUAGAUGGUCAUUGAUAGAUGAAAAGGGGGCACUCCAAAACCCAGAUAUAAUUAUUCCCAUGACUACAAUUACCUUAUUUCCACAAUUUAUACUGUGGGGACUAGCGGAGGGACUUGUUGAAGAUGGGUUAAUGAUUUUAUUCAAUGAACAUGUAGCUGAAUCUAUGAGAACUUUUGAGGAGUCCUUUAGUGAAUUGGGGUUUGGUAUUGGAAAACUUGUUACCCUGCCACUUGUCUUAAUUUUUAAAAUUGAGACUGACAAGUAUGAUCAGUAUUUUCUGAUGUUGGCAGUAUUAAACAUUAUUUUCCUUCUCCUUUUUCUGUACUACUCCUUAAGAUAUACUUACAGGGAAGAAUAUAAGGAGGAUGAAGAAAUUUCGACGGAGGGAAGAGUGAAUCAUUCUCAUCAUAUGGACAUAGAGGAAGUGUCUACAGGAGAGGAAAGCUUAGCGCUUCCAGCAGGAUCCCCAAGGGAUUCCACUUAG